UGUUGAGGUUUCUGAAGCUUAUAUGGAAAUCUCUAUGCAAUAUGAGACUAUGAAUGAGUUUGAAACUGCCAUAUCCUUGUUGAAAAAAGCACUUAAAAUGCUCGAUAAGAUUCCUCAAGAACAACAUUCAGUUGGGAGUGUUUCUGCAAGGAUUGGUUGGUUACUUCUGUUAAUUGGGAAAGUGGAAGAGGGGAUUCCUUACUUGGAGGAUGCUGCUGAAAGGCUUAAAGAGAGCUUCGGUCCGAAACAUUAUAGUAUUGGUUAUGUUUAUAAUAAUUUAGGCGCUGCUUAUUUGGAAUUAGGUAGACCACAGUCGGCUGCACAGGUUUUUGCUUAUGCCAAGGAUAUAAUGGAUGUCUCUCUUGGCCCUCACCAUGCUGAUUCAAUAGAGGCGUGCCAAAACCUCUCAAAAGCUUAUUCUGCUAUGGGAAGCUAUCAACUUGCAAUUAACUUCCAAAAGAAAGUUAUAGACGCUUGGGAAUGCCACGGUCCAAAUGCAGAUGACGAACUUAAAGAAGCUUAUCGGAUUCUUGAGCAGCUAAAGGCAAAAGUACAUGCUUCAUUACCUGAACAGUCACACGUAAAGGCACUGCCUAUGCCAAGCACAACUAGUAGCUCAAAUAUGAACUGUCAACGUGAUGUUUCAAGUACAGAGAGGGGAUGAUGAGCAAUACGAAGUAAUUAGAGUGUCCUAUAUAGUUUUUUUUUUUCAUUUCAAGCAGCAAAGAAACUAUAAAUGGUAACAUGUUUUAUGUGAUCUUUCAGAAGUGGUGCUCUAGGCAUCUGCUAUAUAAAUUUUGCAUUUAUUCAAUCAUAUAUUGCUGUCAUUUUAAUUUUUAUAGUGUGACUAACCACUCUUCAAUGUCUAUAUGUUGUUAUUCUUUCCAUGUCAAACGAAUUGGGUAGUUGUCCUUACAGGCAAUGAUCUGAGGAUUCUCAUCUUCUUGAGUGCCAAACAGAGUGCCUGUCCUUGGAAUCUUGUUCAAAUUUCGGCAUACUACUUUUGAAGUUUUAUAGUGUGUUUGUUUCAUGUUUCUUAAGAUUCACUCCUG